CAUACUGCAGAAGCAUUGCUGUAUCCUACCUGACAGGAACACAGGUGUGAAGAGGUUGCUGGUGAAAUUGAAGAGCAGGGAGAUUUACUCAGACCAGCAGUAUUCAUGGUCCCCGUCGCAGCACUUUGAUGAGGACAGACACCCCUCCCCACCCAGGAGCAUGAAGGGUUUAUCCAGCCGUGCACAGCCCCAGAUCGCGGUUGGACACACCUGCGGGCUGACCGAGUGUGAACACCCCCACGAACAUGGCCUGGACGCACGGCCCUCCUACCUGCUGAGCCCCACCGACGGCUGCCCCCUGGACCAACACCGCUGCUCCCCCCGCAGUUCCAUCCACUCCGACUGCAUGACCACACCGGGCGACCACGUCUCCAGCAGCACCUUCCCACGCAUGCACUACAGCUCUCACUACGAUGGGGGUGGGGGGGGCUCGAGGGACGACAGCAUCGCUGCCCCGCACAGCAGCUCAGCCAAGGCGAAUCGCAUCCCCGCCAACCUGCUGGACCAGUUCGAGAAGCAGCUGCCGCUGCAGCGCGACGGUUUCCACACGUUGCAGUACCAGCGUGCCUCGGCCGGCGAGCAUCGCAGCGAAAGCCCAGGACGCAUCCGCCACCUGGUGCACUCCGUGCAGAAGCUCUUCACCAAGUCCCACUCGCUGGAGGGCUCCUCCAAGGUGAACGGCAGCAAGGGAGACGGCCCCCACCACGGCCACCACCACCACGGCCACCACAAGCACGGCAGGCGUAGCAAGAGCAAGGAGCGCCGGCCCGAAGGCAGGCACAGAGGGGGUGUGGCGGGGUGGUGGAGCUCUGACGACAACUUGGACAGCGACAGCACGUACCGUACGCCCAGCGUCCUCAGCCGCCAUCACACCGAGCACACCGGCCACUGCUACCCCGAGUCUCUUCAGGGCCACUUUGCCGAUCUCGCCCUCAAGACCUCCAAAAGCAACAAUGACGUCAAGUGCUCUACCUGUGAGGGCUUGUCUGCGGCCCCCGAGGGAAAAUUCAUGAAGAGGAGCUCCUGGUCCACACUGACCGUGAGUCAGGCCAAAGAAACUUACCGCAAGUCCUCCCUGAAUCUAGAGAAACCCAUGAUGCACCAGGACCUCAAACCAUCCCUGAGGUCUUGCCAUUAUCUCCAGGUGCCGCAGGACGACUGGGGGGGCUACCCAGGGGUGGGCAAGGAUGACGAGAUCCCGUGCCGGAGGAUGCGCAGCAGCAGCUAUGUCAAGGCCAUGGGUGACGACGAGAGCGGCGAGUCCGACGCCAGCCCCAAAACCUCACCCCAGAAGUCCAUCCGGCCCGAUGCUCUCGUCAAGGCCGUUGCGCAGAGACCCCUCAUAGACCCCCAAAGCUUGUGGCCCUUGGAUAAAAAGAAUGGUGACAUGACUAACUACAUCACCAAUUUUGCUGCAGACUUAAGCCAGAGCUACCAUCUGCAAGCCGCCCGGGAGCUGCACUCCAGCCUGACCCUCGACCCGGCGGCCCGCUGCGGCUCGCCCAAGUUCCGCUCCCGCAACCAGAGCUACAUGCGGGCCGUGAGCACCCUGAGCCAGGCGAGCUGCGUGAGCCAGGUGAGUGAGACUGAGGUCAAUGGCCAGUUUGAGUCAGUUUGCGAGUCCGUUUUUAGUGAAGUAGAGUCCCAGGCUAUGGAAGCCCUGGACCUGCCGGGCUGUUUCCGCACCCGAAGCCACAGUUACCUGCGAGCCAUUCAGGCCGGGUACUCCCAGGAUGACGACUGCAUUCCCUCAAUGGCGUCCUCCACUGUCACCUCGACUAUCCGAUCCACAACAGGGAUCCAGUUCCGUCUCCCCACUUCCUGUGCCGCGGAUCGGACUUCCCAGCAGCCCCCAGCAGUAACAUACACCCCGGGAUUUAAGAAGACCCCUCCGCCUGUGCCCCCUCGCACCACAUCCAAGCCCCUUAUCUCGGUGACGGCCCAGAGCAGCACAGAGUCCACUCAGGACGCCUACCAGGAGGGCCGGCACCCACGUGGAGGCCUGUGGGCCACGGAUGCCCUGGGUCGGGCGCUCUACAACUCCACCGACAGCCUGGACAGCGGCAAGGCAGCGACCAUGGCCAUGGAGGCAGGCAUGCGGCACCCAUCACCUGAGAGCCACGUGUCGGUGUUAACCUGCGACAAGGCCGUGCUGGUGUCCAAGGCUGAGGAGUAUCUCAAAAGUCGACGGUCCUCCAUCGGCAUCCAGGUGGAGCCGGUGACCGUCUCGGAGGCGGACGUGCGAGAGCUGCCAGAGUACCACUCGGUUGGCGUUCAGGUGGAGGGCGACAAGCGGCACGGCCGCUUCAAACGAUCCAACAGCGUGACGGCAGCAGUUCAGGCGGACCUGGAGUUGGAGGGCUUCCCGGUCCACACGGAGGACAAGGGCCUGCAGUUCGGCAAUUCCUUCCAACGCCACUCGGAGCCCAGCACGCCCACCCAGUAUGGCGCCGUUCGUACCGUCCGCACCCAGGGCCUCUUCAGCUACCGCGAGGACUAUCGGGCUCCGCCUGAGCCACCCAGCAGCCCGCAGCCCGAGCCCUGGCCAGUGGAGGUGGCCCGCAAGCCCAUCGAGACAGGACGAGUGUCCCCGAGCCACCGGGACGGAAGCUGGUUCAUGCAGCUUCUCCACACGGAGACCAAGAGGCUGGAGGCCUGGUGCAAGGAGAUGGAGCGGGAGGCCGAGGAGAAGGACCUGUCCGAGGAGAUUCUAGGCAAAAUCCGGAGCGCCGUGGGAAGUGCUCAGCUACUCAUGUCUCAGAAAUUCCAGCAGUUUUACUGGCUUUGUCAGCAGAACCUGGACCCCAGCGCAAUGCCUAGGCCCACCUCUCAGGACCUGGCGGGAUUCUGGGACCUGCUGCAGCUGUCCAUCGACGAUGUCACCAUGAAGUUCGACGAGCUGCAGCAGAUAAAGAACAACGACUGGAGGCUCAUCGAGAGCCCGGAGAAGAAGCUGCCUCCCCCUGUACCAAAGAAGACCCUGAAGGGGCGGGCCAGCGUGACAAGAGAGAAGUCACUGGAGCUCCCGGACAGGCAGCGGCAAGAGGCGCGGCGGCGGCUCAUGGCGGCCAAGAGGGCCGCUUCCUUCCGCCAGAGCUCUGGCGCAGAACGAGCUGACAGCAUCGAGAUCUACAUCCCUGAGGCCCAGACCCGCCUCUGAGGGCACAUCACCCCGUCCUACCCCAUCCCCCGACCCGUUCCCCACAUAUUCACGUAGAGGUCGCAGCUUUGAGUUCGAUGGGGCAGAAACGCAAAGUCAAUAUCGAUCGACAUGUGUCAUGCAGUAUAUGGCCCAUCCCACCCAAUAACCCCAUCUGACAACCCCACCCAGUCCUCCGUGCUGCCUCCUCCUUUCCCACAGUGCUGUUUCAUUCCAUACGUAGCUUAGGAGCUCACCCUUCACUUGUGAAAGGAUUCCGUUCGCGUACCGCGUUAAACACUGACGUCCCCCGCGGCUUUUACCGCCAGCCAUUGAGCCUGGAGAGCUGGAUCUGUAUUUCUCUGCCUCUUAGUCGCUUCCUAGGAGGUUCACCAGCAGCAGUGGUCUUGGACCAGCGCCUGAGGGAAAUGCCCAUUCAGCUCUGGGUCAGGGGGUGGGGGGCUCGGACGUCUUGCCUUCAUUUCGGAGAUUGUAAAAUCAGGCGCUGCACAUGUCCCUAGUUUCACGAUUCUUUGGAAUUCACCCAUGAAAAACCCUUAGAAGAUCACGCCACGACUCGAGUAGCCUCUCAAAAGUGCCACCGUUCGAUAUACCUCAGUCGUGCAAGUCGCGCCGUGACGAGGGAUCGGCCCCUGCUUCGGAGGCGGCUCUGGACAGCCCGCGUGGGUUUGGGAAACACAACAUCUCCCUGCACUGGCAUUUAAAACAGGCCAUCGGCCUCGCUCCCUGCGGGGGGAAAUGAGAUAUGAAAAAAAUCAAUAAUCAAUGUCUGAGUGACAUUUAUGUUAGAAAGCCAACCUCUCCCACCUUCCUCUAUUUUUUCCCACUGAAAUUUCUUCUGUAUCCAUAUCUAUUCCGCAAUAUUGUUCUUUAUCCCUUCAUACUUCAUUUCAGCAAAGCAUUGCAGUGAGAUGUAUGUGUACAUUUGUAUAUACAUAUAUAUACAUAAAUAUAUGUAUGUGUAUACAGUACAUAUGCUUUAUGGCACUUGUUGGAGGAGUCGCAAGUCAUUUAGUUCCUUAAAAGCUGAAUGAACAAUGUGUAGAAAAAUACAUUUUUUGCGCCUUGUAUAAUAUUCCCGUUUGUAUUUCCAAAGGAAAUGUAAGCAGCGAAGCCCACUAAAUAUUGUUGCAAUUGAAUUGCAAUGGUAGACACGAAGACUUUGUCAAGUUCAUCAUCGAUUUUUACCCCCACUCCCAUUGUCCAGUUCCACCCCUUCCUAAAUCCCGCACUUGUAGCAUUUAAAUACUGUGUGGAAAGAGGUGACGGCCGUCGGGCGGCUGCUCUCACAUCUGCCGACGGGGAUGUGAUGGAAGUCGAAGUCAGUAGGAGCUUCUUUCUCUUCCAAGGGCAUCUGAGCCCGGCUGCCUUACCGAGAGCCGGCUGGGCGCUCGUGGUGUCGUGCGGGAGCUUCUGAACUGCGGGCAACACACGGCCACCCCGACGGGAAAGUAGCAACGGGGAAUGCAUACGCGCAUCAUGAGCAACACAUCCGCUGCCUUCGGGUCCCUGGUUUAAGUCCCUCUCAGAAAGCAGCGAUGACAAAGCAACACAAAUAUCAGAAACCCUAUAGAGAAGGUCCAGAACCUCUGGGCCAGCGGGACACGACACCACGAGCGGCAGCUUCCACUUCCGGUGGGCUUGCAUUGAGCGGAGAGGAGGGCGCACGGGGGGCGGCGGCCUGCACCCCUCCGACCCUCCUUCGAUGCAAAUCCGAAUUAAAGAGGUGUCAGGACUCCUAAAAAGCUGCACACAGUAGAACAGCAGAAUCUCUAGGUCAAGCUAGUUGGGUGUUUGUUGGAACAGACUCUCUCUGAGAGCACACUGCAUUCGAAAUGUCGUGAAUAACUGAAGCAUAUUGCUUUGAUCCAUUUCGCUCCUUAACGUUACCGUAUACACAUCGAGAUCUCGAGCGUAACUUUGCCUCUGUAGUCUGGGUCAAACGUGUAGGGCGGCUCAAACACUUUUAAACAACUUCUAGCUUAAUCAACAGAUGAAAUGGUGCUGCUUUUUACUCAAAGGAUCUUGUACUGAUCCAGUCUUAGGUGAACAAUUUAAGCCACAUGGAUUUAAAUGGGAGAAUAUGUUCAUUUCCUGUGUAUAAAUACAUCUGUAAAGAAUUUAUUUUUUAGGAUGGAAAAACCAAGGAAUUGCGUAGAUAUGUGCCAGAUAUCAUGUCUAAAAAUAAAAAAAAAUCAAAUAUGUUCAUUCCGCUUAUAUUUUUUUACGGCUACCAAGCAAAGAAGGGCAUAGUGUAAUUGCUAAGUUAUACGUCGGUAAUGUAAGUUUUUGUCGGCCCUGUCUGGGCUUCGAAAGAGUGUGACGAACGGCCCAUGGACCGGACUCGUCUGUCCGCCUGGAGGUGAGGGGUCACGCUGUUUGUGGGGUCGCUUUCUCAGAAGGGCUGCAACGCAGGUUCAGCUCAGCUCAGACCUGAUAUUGACCCUCGUGCUUGUCUCGAUUGCUGUUUGGAUCGCUGCGCCGAUCCGCUAUCAUCUCAACGUCGUCAUGUAGACCUGCAUCUCGAAUCGCAACGGACCGCGGAUACGGGGGACGCGACAUAAACACGCACAAGGACGCGUGGGGGUGCGUGAAGGUGCCUGUGCGUUUACAGCCAGGUCGCCCGCCAGCUUUCGCAGCCCUUCGGAGCUCCACCUUGUCACGCGUGUAUAACUGAAGAUGCAGGUCUUUCGGGUUAAAUCUGGGGGCUCGAGAUGCUCUUUUCUGAGAAGAGCUGUCAAGGUGAGGAGGGCAGCUGAGGAUGACACUUUCAUCCUUAGAAGGUGGCUGUACGACACGGGGACCAUUGACUGCAUCGGUGUCCGUAUCCUUCGCUGGCACGAGGUCUCCGUGGAAACAGAGGAUUCGGCCACAAUCUGAGCCACGGCACAUUCCGGCCAACCACACGCUAAGGGCAGGUGUCCAGAGGUUCUGUGUUUGUUACGUCUGUUCUGUCGCUCUUCCGCCAGCGAGGGUCAUUUGAGGGGGCAUGGACCCCAGCUUUGGCCGGUUCAGGUUUUGCUGCCUCACCGGACGGUGGACGUGACUGCAGCAGAGGGGAUGGGGUUCUGUGGAAGAGCGCAGUGAUGGUGAACGUGUUCCACACCAUGCUUUGCAUCCUCUCAUCCCUUCUUAUAAGUAUUCUUAAUUUACCAAACAGCCUUAAAGACAAGCGUACGCAAAAAUGCCUUUGAAUGUACCGGCCCUAUUGUGCAAAAAUGGAGGGAAAUGACACGGGGACACCCCAUGCGGACCAUCCCGUGAUCUGAGCAUGAGGAGGCGACGCGUCUCACCGCGAUGUGAAUAUCUGCUCUCCCACUGAGGAUCUUGGGGGGUUUUCUCCCCGUGCGAUGAACGCGUUUGUUGCUGAGCUUUACGGUAACUGUGGCGGAAAGAGACGUCCCAAAAUGCGCAGCACCAAAAAAAAAAGAGGGAUACGGCGCGUGGACAGGGUGACGCGGGGACGGCAGCGUCCGUCGGAGGCUCGUGGCCCGGAGGCGUGCGUUCCGAGGGAUGCGCUGCAGCAUCCGGGCGAAACGCUCUCCCGCUCGUCCAAAUAUCGACGGCAACGUAAGCGACGUCGAGAGGCACCUGGGCGCACACCCGAGCGCAGCGCAGCGAUGAGGACCCACCCUGCGGACGUAUUAUAUAUACGUGUAUAGUCACAUUUACCCAUUUAGCUGGCUUAGCAGUGAGAGCAAUCCAAACAAACACCUUUUGUGACAUAUUGGUAUAAGUAUCGCAUAACCCUUAGUACCAAAAUAAAAUACUGCUGUGCUCCAUAACGUCAUCUUGCAUGUAUGUAGGUAGAAGUUUAGAGCUUUCUAAUAUUUUUAUGGAAUUUAACAAAACAUCCAAUUAACGAUUCACUGCAAACCCAGUACUUAUAAAGGCUUACAAGUAGAACAGGUCGCUUUUCAAAACUGAUUUUCGACUUUUUCGUUCGCGAACUUCAUUUAAACGCAUACUAUUACAGCAAUGUAUACGUGUAUGUUAGACACAAGAAUACAUUGUUCAUGUUUGAUUUCUGCUAAAAUUUAGCUGUGUUGUAUAUAGCGGUUAUAUUAGUAAGACAAGUUCUUUAGGUGCCUUAAAACUGAAAAUAUUACAACUACUGAAAUAACAAUCUGAAUCAUUUCAGAGGAAAAGUAACAUGCCAAUGGUGUUGUAUUUUUAAAGGAGUUGUUUUAUUUAAAUGGGGGGCGCGGUGGCGCA